AUGUCUGCCCCCGUGGAAGACUUCAGGACUGCCAUAGCGACUGAGCUGGGCCUCGAGCCGGGUGCCAUCUCGUCCGAUGUGACGUUUGAGGAUCUCGGUCUCGAUCCGAUGGCAGCUAUGGAAGUGCUAGAGAUCGUGAACAACAGAACCGGAAUCGACUUUCCGGCAUCCCUGUUCAGAGACUGCCGGUGCUUAUCGGACAUCGGGAAAAGGACUGCAAGUAAUGGAAUCAUCAGAAGAUACGCGAAAGAAGCUGGAGUGGCAGACUUCUGGACCAAUGUGUACCCGUCACAGAGGCGGCUAGUCCUGGCAUACGUCUUCGAAGCAUUCAGCCGGCUGGCUCAACCUCUUGGCCAGAUGAUCCCUGGCACUCCAUUUCCCAUUCCCGGCCACGUUCUGACUAGACAGGCGAAGCUGAUGCAAACGCUUCUCGACAUACUCGUCGACGGGGGCCUUGUCGAGCGAAUUGGCACAAAGCUUCUUCGCACAUCAGCUGCCGUAGACUUGACCUCAUCCUCGGCGCUAUACCAGAAGAUACUUCACGACUUUCCCCAGCACUCUGACACUCAUCGAUUGCUCAAUAUCACGGGCUCGAAGCUGGCGGGAUGCCUUACUGGCUCCAUGGACCCAAUCAAACUUCUGUUUGGCUCAAGCCUGGGCCGUGAUAUGCUGUUCGAGUUUUACACCAACGCUCCAAUGUCAAUAGCAGCCUCGAAGCAGCUCUCGGAUGUGUUCGAACGUGUGUUCAUCAGCAGCCGAGAACCCAUUGAGAUCCUAGAGAUUGGCGCCGGCUUCGGUGGAACGACCAAGUUCGUGCUCGACAUGCUCAUUAGGUCGGGAAUUCGCUUCAAAUACACCUUCACCGAUAUCUCGUCUUCGUUCUUCAAGACGGCCAAGAAGCGAUAUGCCCAGCUGAACUUGGGCGGCAGCAUCAUCGAGUACGAAGUACUGGAUGUUGAGAAGCCAAUCCCGGACAAGUUCCGUGGUCGAUUCCACGCUGUUCUGUCCACCAACUGCAUACAUGCGACAAAAAAUCUGCAGUUAUCGUGCACGAAUGCCCGCCAACUGCUUCGGCCGGGGGGGUUUUUCUCAGUGGUUGAGUUCUCUACGCGGCUGUACUGGCUUGACUUGGUGUUUGGCUUGCUGGAUGGCUGGUGGCUGUUCGACGAUGGGCGAAGUCAUUGCAUUGCAGAAGAAGCGUUUUGGAUGAAGAGCAUGCAGGCCGCAGGCUUCAGUGAUGUGAUUUGGACGAAAACUUUGGUGGAUGGAAAACGACCCAACCCCCAGGUCAUCGUUGCUACGACUGUGUAA